ACGUAACACAUGCACGCGGAUUAGCUUCAAGUGUCGUUAGCUAAUAGCAAUUUGGAUAGCUGUAGCAUUAGCUGUCACGGUGUGUUUAUUCUAUCAAAACAACAACACGACGAGACCGGGGGCUCGGCCAUCGCCAAGAUCGUGGGGGCCAACACCGCCAAAAAUGACACGUUUGAAACGGUGGUCAACAUGUGGGUCUUCGAGGAGAUGGUGGACGGCCGCAAGCUGACGGAAAUCAUCAACACGGAUCACGAGAACGUCAAAUAUCUGCGCGGUCACAAGCUGCCCCCCAACGUGGUGGCCGUCCCGGACUUGGCGCAGUCUGUGGCGGGAGCCGACAUCCUGAUGUUUGUGGUGCCUCACCAGUUCAUCGUCAGGGUGUGCGACACCAUCAAGGACCACAUCAAGAAGGACGCACACGGCGUGUCGCUCAUCAAGGGUGUGGACGCCGGUCCAGAGGGUCUGAAACUGAUCUCUGAGGUCAUCCGAGGGAAGCUGGGCAUCAGCAUGUCAGUGCUGAUGGGAGCCAACAUCGCCAGCGAGGUCGCCGAAGAAAAGUUCUGCGAAACGACCAUCGGCUGCAAAGACAAAGCCCACGGGCCCAUACUGAAGGAGCUGAUGCAGACCACCAACUUCCGCGUGACCGUGGUGCAGGAGUCGGACGUGGUGGAGAUCUGCGGGGCGCUCAAGAACAUCGUGGCGGUGGGCGCGGGCUUCUGUGACGGCCUGGGCUUCGGCGACAACACCAAGGCGGCGGUGAUCCGCCUGGGCCUGAUGGAGAUGAUCGCCUUCGCCAAGGUCUUCUGCACCGACUGCGCCGUCUCCGCCAGCACCUUCCUGGAGAGCUGCGGCGUGGCCGACCUCAUCACCACCUGCUACGGCGGACGCAACCGCAAGAUCGGGGAAGAGUUUGCCAAAACGGGAAAAACCAUCGAGCAGCUGGAGAAGGAGCUGCUGAACGGCCAGAAGCUUCAAGGUCCAGCCACUGCAACCGAGGUGCACCAAGUCUUGAAGCAGAAAAACAUGGUCAACAAGUUCCCCCUUUUCACCGCUGUGCACCAGAUCUGCUUCGACGGCCACCCGGUGACGGAGUUCAUCAGCUGUCUGCAGAACCACCCUGAGCACAUAUAGAGCACGCCCGCUGCUCCUGAUGAUGAUUAACAGUAAGGCUCCUGUAUGUGGCGACCAGGUGACUACAUCUCUCAAGCUGAGCGGCGGUCUUAAACUACUGUUAUCACUGUUACGUAACGCCGCCGUGGCCUUUCGCUGAAUAGAAAGGCCGCGCGUCGUUGCAUAAACCGUCAACCGAAGAAUUAUUACGGCGCCUAUGCACACAAAAAGCCCAGUUGCACAAAAUGCAUACUUUUCCCAAGUGCCUUCAUUUGUUCUCUUUGCUUGUUGACGUUAUUUAUACAGGAAUAAACUGUGCAACUUUU